CUACACCAACGGUCACUCUGCGAGUGUAUUUUUCGAUGUGUGUAAAAUAAUAGUUCUUUUUUAAAUGGCGCUGAUUUUAAAAGCCGCCGUGAGAUUAUAUUAUUAUUUAAAUGAAGAUAUUGCGGAUCCGCGAACCCAAAACUGGUUCAUCAUGCGGACGCCAUGGCCCGGAGUAGCCAUCAUCGUGCUAUACCUGGCGUCCGUGUUCUACUGGCUCCCGGCGUUCAUGCGCUCGCGGCGCGCUUACGAUCUGCGCGGCGUCAUAGCGGUCUACAACGCUAUGCAGAUCCUGAUGUGCGGCUAUGUGGUUUAUAAAAGCCUUGUACUGGGAUGGUUCAGCCACUACCGCCUAUUCUGCCAGCCGGUGGACGAAGGCCCUAACAGCGUGGAGUACGCGUGGCACGUCUGCUACACAUACUUCUACAUCAAGGUCAUUGACCUGCUGGACACGGUAUUCUUCAUAUUGAGGAAGAAACAAGAACAGGUGACAUUUCUGCACGUGUACCACCACUUUGGCAUGAUAAUGGUGGCGUGGGGCAUCACCAAAUGGGUGCCAGGAGGGCACAUGACAAUGCUGGUAACACUGAACUCGUUCGUGCACAUGGUUAUGUACACAUACUACUUGCUCACAUCCUGGGACGAGUCCUACAAGUACUCGCUGUGGUGGAAAAAACACGUCACCCAGCUGCAGAUAUUGCAGUUCACCUACCUGAUGAUCCACUUCGGCACUUUAGCGGUGAAGCGCGACUGCGAGUUCCCGCGUCCCUGCGCCUACAUCAUGUUCCCGCAAAACCUCUUCAUGGUGCUCAUGUUCGGGGACUUUUAUUACAGGACUUAUAUUAAAAAGAAGCCUAAGAAACAGUAAGAUUAAUUUAAAUCUUCCAUAUAGCUGGUUUACUUACCCGAUGAUUCACAUCGGCUCUAGUUCCCGCAGAACUUCUUAAUAGUUGAUAUGUUUGGGAACUUCAAUUUUAGUCUAAUUUAAAAAAAAGACUUGUUUAUCCCUAAGAGACGCGCGGUAUACGAUCAUUUCGGCGUUACGGGCAAUAAUUUCCCUUAUUUGUAUAAAAACGCUCGUAUAAAAUGCUGGUCUCAAAUUGCCCUUAGGUAUAUGUAGGUACAAGCUUUCUACUAUAAUGAUUGGUGCCUCUAUUUAUAAAGUGGAAGUAUAAAUAAAACAAAGCUAUUUAAAUAUUCAAUAUAGUCUUUUAAAAGUCUUUUAUAAGUACAAUAAAAUUGUAUCCACAAUCAGUAUUUUAUUCGUAUCCUAUAAGCGCUUUUAGCACCAUACUAUAACUAAAAUAUUGCAACACAUUAUUAUGCCAAACCUAUCAUUUAUCAAAAUAAAUAAAAUUCUCACUUUAAGAGAUUCUGCAACAGCACAAAACAUAGGGUCGAGAUAGAUGGGUAGGCAAUAAAAUAUGUCGACGAGUAUCUGUACCUAGGCCAAUUAGUUUCCUUCAGCCAUAGACAGGACAAAGAAGUCGAAAGACGGAUCCAAAACGCGUGGAGGAGCUAUUGGUCUAUGAAGGAACUGAUGAAGGGCGACCUUCCUCUGACCUUAAAACGGAGACUCGUCGACAUGUGCAUCCUGCCUGUCCUAACCUAUGGUGCUCAAACGUGGUCACUUACCGAGGCGCAAAAGACCAAAUUGAAGGUUUGCCAAAGAGCCAUGGAGCGCAGUAUGCUAGGAGUAAAACGGAUUGACAGAAUCCGUAACUCUACGCUGCGCUCUAAAACAGGCAUUACUGAUGUUGGAGUUAAGACCGCCAAGCUGAAAUGGGACUGGGCCG